UUGCAAACACAAGUUACAUCAAGGACAGGUUGCGUGAAUAUGAAGUUGAUGUUGAUCGUUCUAAAAGACGUGGACCUGAGGUUGAAAGAAUUUAUUUUGUGAUUCUAGAGAUGGCACCUGUGACAUACAUAGAUUCUAGUGCUGUUCAGGCUUUGAAAGACUUGUAUCAGGAGUACAAAUUACGGGACAUUCAGAUUGCAAUAUCCAAUCCAAGUCCAGAAGUUCUGCUUACCUUGUCUAGAUCGGGUCUGGUGGAGUUGAUAGGCAAAGAAUGGUACUUUGUGAGAGUACAUGAUGCUGUUCAAGUUUGCUUGCAACAUGUUCAAAGCUUGAAAGGAGCAUCUAACAGUCCACAAGCACCAUUCUCUUCAGUAGAGAACAAACCAAGUUUGUUUGCACGAUUAUCAAAAGAGAGAGUGGAGAAGCUUUCAAUUACCGACUUGGAGUCUGGUAAUGGUAGGCCUCCACUCCCCGAGGAGAGAGAUUCCAAAUUGGAGCCAUUGUUGUCUAAAGAUCAUUGAAGUCUACUUUGUAUCAUAAGGUAAAAGGUGUAUUUAGCCAUUCUUUCAGAAAAAAUAAAAUGAAUAGGUUAAAGUUAAACCGGGUGUAAUCAAGCCAACGUUAAAAAAUAGCUUGUGUAAUAUUUGAUUGGCCGGUUGUUGUAAAAUUAAAUGAAUUUUUAAGAAUGGUUUUAUUAUGUAAAUCUCCUGUCAGCUGUGUAUCCCUAAUACGAAAAUCUUGUUAAGUUUUGAGUUCAUUUCAGAGCUAGUUA